AUGAGUAUUUCUGAUGUUGGUCUAAAACAGGAGUUGGUUGUUAGAUUGGUUAAUAAAUAUAAGAGGAAAGAGAAGUUAUCUGGUGAGUUGUUUGCAAAAAAAAAGACUGUGAAUAUAGAAAAUAAAAUGGAAGAUAUUGAGCUAUUUUUGAAUGCUCAUAAUGAUGGUUUUCUAAAACAAAAAAAAGGAUUAUGUCAAAUUGCAUAUUCAUCAAUGAUGCCAACCUGGCAACAAGUGCCUAAUUUGCAAAAUGUAGUAGUGCCUGCUUUUGAGUUUGAGUUUGAUGAUAUAAAUCCUUUCAGUGCUGAACAGGUGAAAGCAGAAUAUUUAAUGAAGUUGCAAGGAUGUAUAGUGGCAAUCAUAAGGAUGUAUAAAUUAAAGGUUUUGCAAGAUCUUAUUAAAAGUGCUAUAGUGCAAUCAGUUGUCAAUAGCAUGAAAAAAACUAGAGCUGAGGAUGCAGAAGUGAAGUGA